UGGACUAAAAGCGCUCUGCUAUAUUCGUCGUCAUUUCUACUUAUCUGAUAAAUUAUUCCGCUCUGCAUGUUAUAAAUAUUUUAUUAAGAUUACUUCAAAGUCAACAGAUGUGUCUUUGAUUUUGAAAUGUUUUUAAAUCGUUGUUUUAUGAAUUACAAACGGUUGUAAAGAAGAUAUGAUUUUCUCUUAUUUAUUAAUCUUUAUUUUGACUUGGUUGUUUAUUAUCGAUCAAAGAAACGCUUAUGGAAAAUUGUGUACGUCACAUAACAAAUGUCAGACGAGCCACAAUCGUUUCUGUUGUCGCAAUGCAGCUGUUGCUUAUCCGAGAAUUUGCAGAUCAAAUUGUAUAGGAGAGUAUUGUGCUAGUGACUACGAUUGUGGUGGCUUGAAAGAAUGUUGUAACACUUCAAGUAAUCGCUGUACAACCAAUUCUUGUCCUCCUAUUUGUACUAUUAAUAAUGACUGCAAAACUGGUUCACUAUGUUGUCAAAAGGGAAGCAGGAAAAUAUGUAUUAGAUCAUGCAGCAAGGAAUAUUGUCAGCCCGACAUUUACUGUGGCCAAAAAAUGGAUUGCUGUAACCAAUCAAACGAUUGUACAAAUAAUGGUUGUCGCGAUGAGUGUAAAUCAAACAACGAUUGCUCAAAUUCAAUGGUUUGCUGUGUUAAACCACGUCGUUUGGAUAAAAACAUUUGCAAAUCCUCUUGUUUGGGAGAGGUUUGUCUGACAGACAAUGAUUGUGGAGAUAAGCAACUUUGUUGUAACUUGAACUUAUGUUCAGAUAGUUGUUCAUCCAAUUGGCGUGUUCUUAUUAUUGUGUUAACUGUUUGUUUUUCGUUUCUCCUCAUUGGAGUUCUGUUUUAUUUUCUGUAUAAACGUCACAGACGACGUAUACAAGAAACUUCGGUCAAAUAUUCUGUAUCCAUUCAGUCCGUUUUAACGACAAAAACCAAUACGGCUGUUGAAUCUAAAUCUCAGAUUCUCGAUUCCGGGAGGUCUACUCUCUUGUCACAUGGGAAGCCUGAAAUUGUCAUUUUGUCCCGUGUUGAAGAUGAGGUCCCUCCUGAAAUUCCUCCAAGGAAGCGUGCAGCUAAAGAAAGACGAAAGCCACCGUCACCCCCUGUAAAAAGGAGCACUCCAAAAUCUAGGAAUAGCGAAGAGGAAGAAAGUUUUAUUUCACACAAAUCUACAUACGGUGAACACUCUUCAUUACCUCGAUCAUCAUCUUCUUCAUCACUUCAUGCUACAACGCCUCCAACAUCUCUGUUAGCAACUGCAUUACCUCGCCAUCGUCCUGUUCCUUUACCACGUACAAUAAAAUAAUUAUUGUUUUUAUUGAAAUUGUUGGAUAUGAUCGAACAGAAACAAGGACAUUUAAAAGACAGACAUUUUAUUUUAUAUUUGAUGAGUUUAUAUCACUUUAUAUUGUUAUAUUAUUGACUUAACAAUGUAGCUAUAAUAACACCGCGCCAGCUUGUGAUAUUUUACAGAAAAAUGAAUGUUGAAAUGACAUAAACUAUUAAUUUUAAA